UCAUAGAAUUUUGAUUGAGCGUGAUUAAAUAACAACACGGUUCUGGUCGCAUCGCAUCGAAAAAAAUCAGUGUCCGUUCAGCUUUGACAGUGAUCGCGAGGUGUUUAUAGUGCGGGAAAUGUUGUACGAUGAUGAGAAGGAUGGCGAAAAUUGCGAAAUGCCGCUUCCCUCGCGGCAAGUGCUCCUGUUCGGGCAACGUCGGGUAUUCCCGGCUGAGCGAACGGCUGGACGAGGAGGAAGAAGAGGACGAGGAAGAGGACAGCUUCUGCUGGAGUCCUGAUAAAGCGGAAGAAAUCACGUUCUACAACGAGAACGAAAGCGCCCAGUCUGUAGUGGUGGAAAAAAACUUGUGCGCAAGUGACUUGUGCCAACUUUUGGCCAUGAAAAAUAGAGUAUCGAAAAGCGUACAUUGGAGCAUCGUAGAGUGUUGGACUGACCUUGGACUGGGUAAGUUCGUAUUUGAAAACAAAGUGUAUCUUAUUUUUGCGUAUUUAUAGUCAAGCAAAGUCGGUAAGUAUUUGUGAUGUGGAGG